ACUGCCGGAGCCGCCAUGGAGCGUGGCUGCGUGAUGGACACGUCGGAGCCGGGCAGCGCCGCCGAGGAGGAGGAGGAGAAGGCGACGGAGCCGCGGCCCAGGACCCGCUCCAACCCCGAGGGGGCCGAGGACCGGGCGCUGAGCGCCCAGGCCAGCGUGGGCAACCGCAGCGAGGGCGAGGGCGAGGCGGCCAGCGCCGACGACAGCCCGCAGGGCACGGCUGCGCCCGACGGCACCGCCUGGCCCGGCCCCGCGCCCCCCACCGAGGUCCAGGUCAAGACGCCGCGGGUGAACUGCCCCGAGAAGGUGAUCAUCUGCCUGGACCUGGCGGAGGAGAUGGCUCUGCCCAAACUGGAGUCCUUCAACGGGUCCAAGACCAACGCGCUGAACAUCUCCCAGAAGAUGAUCGAGAUGUUCGUGAGGACAAAGCACAAGAUCGACAAGGGCCACGAGUUCGCGCUGGUGGUGGUGAACAACGACGCCACGUGGCUCUCAGGGUUCACCUCGGACCCCCGCGAGGUCUGCAGCUGCCUCUACGACCUGGAGACCGUCGUCUGCAAGUCAUUCAAUCUGGAAGGACUCUUCAACCUGAUCCAGCAGAAGAUCGAGCUGCCGGUGACGGAGAACGUGCAGACCAUCCCGCCGCCAUACGUGGUCCGGACCAUCCUGGUGUUCGGCCGCCCGGGCUGCCAGCCCCAGUUCUCCAUGUCGGAGCACAUGAAGAAGAUGCUGCAGUGCCCCUACUUCUUCUUCGACGUGGUUUACAUCCACAACGGGGUGGAGGAGAAGGACGACGAGACGAGCUGGAAGGAGAUGUACGCCUUCUUCAGCAGCCUGGACACCAAAGGCACCAACUACAAGUACGAGGUGUCGCUGACGGGGCCGGCCGUGGAGCUGCACAACUGCAUGGCCAAGCUGCUGGCGCACCCGCUGCAGCGGCCCUUCCAGACCCACGCGGCGUACAGCUUGCUGGAGGAGGACGAGCCCCCCGAGAUCGAAGCCACCGUCUGA